GGGGCGUGGGAGCAUGCACCGCUUUUCGGGGCUCGCCCAGGAGGCCGUCCGCCCGGGUGGCCACCAUGGACGGCAAAGGGGGGCCUGGCGCUUCGUCGCCUCCUUGGCCGGGAGCAGUCUACCUCGCCGGCACCCGGCGCAACCUCCCGCCGGAGCCCGGUCGCAGGGGAGCCGGCUGCCCGUGCGUUGGAGCAGCGCCGCCAAGGCCUCUGCGGUGCAGAUGAAGGAGAAGCCGAUCCGGGAGAAGAUCCUCACGUUGGAAUCCAUGAACCCGCAAGUCAAGGCGGUGGAAUACGCCGUGCGGGGGCCCAUCGUCCUGAAAGCGGGCGAGAUCGAGAAGGAACUGAGGAAGGGAAUCAAGAAGCCUUUCACCGAAGUCAUCAAAGCCAACAUUGGGGAUGCGCAUGCCAUGGGUCAACGGCCGAUCACCUUCCUUCGCCAGGUGGUUGCACUCUGUACGUACCCAAACCUGCUGGACAGCCCAAGCUUCCCGGAAGACUCCAAGAACAGAGCGAGGCGGAUAUUGCAGGGCUGCGGAGGGAACAGCUUAGGUUCUUACAGCGCCAGCCAAGGGGUGAACUGCAUUCGGGAAGACGUUGCCGCCUACAUCGAGCGGCGAGAUGGAGGGGUUCCCGCGGAUCCGGACAAUAUCUACCUGACCACCGGAGCGAGCGAUGGCAUUGCAACUAUUCUAAAGAUCCUCGUCUCGGGAGGCGGGCGAUCCCGAACCGGCGUGAUGAUCCCGAUCCCACAGUAUCCCCUCUACUCGGCGGCCAUUUCGGAACUGGAUGCCAUUCAGGUGAACUAUUACCUCGACGAGGAGAACUGCUGGGCCCUCGACGUGAAUGAGCUGCGGCGCUCCUUGAACGAAGCCAAAGCCUACUGCAACCCGAAGGUCCUUUGCAUCAUCAAUCCCGGGAACCCCACAGGACAAGUUCAAAGCAGAAAAUGCAUUGAAGAUGUGAUCCAUUUUGCCUGGGAAGAGAAGCUGUUCCUUUUGGCUGAUGAGGUUUAUCAAGACAAUGUCUAUUCGGAGAGCUGUCACUUCCAUUCCUUCAAAAAAGUCCUUUACGAAAUGGGCCCAGAUUACUGCAACAACGUGGAGCUGGCCUCCUUCCAUUCCACAUCCAAAGGAUAUAUGGGCGAGUGUGGCUACCGAGGGGGCUACAUGGAGGUGGUCAAUCUCCACCCGGACAUCAAAGGGCAGCUCGUGAAACUCCUGUCCGUCCGUCUGUGCCCGCCGGUCUCGGGACAAGCUGCCAUGGACAUUGUGGUCAACCCUCCUAUGCCUGGAGAAGAGUCAUAUGCCCAGUUUAUUAAGGAAAAGGAGUCUGUCUUGAACAACCUAGCCAAAAAAGCCAAGCUCACGGAAGACAUGUUCAAUCAAGUCCCAGGGAUUCACUGCAACCCACUCCAAGGAGCCAUGUACGCUUUCCCACGGAUCUUUAUCCCGUCCAAGGCCAUAGAGGUGGCUGAGGCGCAUAAGAUGGCUCCCGACAUGUUCUACUGUAUGAAGCUCCUGGAGGAAACGGGAAUCUGUGUCGUUCCUGGGAGUGGGUUUGGUCAGAGAGAAGGCACGUACCAUUUUAGGAUGACCAUUCUCCCUCCAGUAGAGAAGUUGAAAAUCUUGCUAGACAAAGUGAAAGACUUCCACAUAAAAUUUCUGGAAGAGUACUCUUAAGGAGAAUAAAAGAACUGUCUUUCUUCGUUUCUCCCAGAAUGUGUGAAUCGAGAAAGCGAAACAAAGCUGUGAUGGGGGAAAAAAGUAUGCUCCUGGUCUUCUUUAAUCAGAUCCACCCUAGCGGGCAGCUAUGCCGUUGGAACGGACCUGCAUCUCUCCCCCCCCCCGGCCUCCCCCAGCCCAGCGUCCAUGAUGGAAUAUGCUAUUACUGCUUCAAUUUUAUGGAAAAGGAUGGACAUGAAGGGAGGAUUUUUCUUUCAAAGAGAACAGUUUUGUGCCUUGACCGGAAAAUAUGGGAAUGGGUAGGGCUUGUGUUCUUGGCGAAAUAAGAGAGAGGGAAGUUCUUAAUAAGAGUUUUUAACACUGUUGUUGUUGAGAAACAGUGACAUUGCAAUAUUUGAUCUUAAACAUGAAAGCAACAUUUGACCAACGUGGCGACUCAUUGCCAAUUAAUGUUCCUCUGUGGUGGGUUGGGGGCUAGCGAAACAUCCCCUUCUAGUGAAUCUCAAAAUAAUAAUAAUAAUAAUUGUGCAUUUGUAGUUUUUGGGACAGCCCGUGACUUGUCUGUGUUUCUGUAUGAUAAUGUUCACUUCUGUGAAGCAACAGGAGGAGACCAUUUUUUGUUGGAUCGUGCCCCACCUCCCCAUCUGACAUUUAAUUUGAGCAGGACUUCACAUUACAAGACAAAAAAGGUACACGUUACAGUGUUCUGCUUCAGGAUUUAAGACAACGAGGGUAGAAGGGUGGUGGACUCCGACCCCCAUCAUCCUCCACCCUGCAUAGCCAGUGGUUUGGGGAUAGUGGGGGCAGGAGUUUAUCAGUAUGUGAACAAUUUCCCCUACCCUUGAUCUUAGAAAUUGCCAGACGUCUGCUUUCACAGCGAUCCCUAUUUAUCUUUUGCUUGCAAGCAUGAAUGAAAAUU